UUUAGACCUCUCUCCGUGACUCGUUUGCUUUUUUGGUUUAAACAAGUCUGAAGAAGGGUAGUAAAAAUGGCUCGCCGUCCCGCCCGCUGCUACCGCUACUGCAAGAACAAGCCUUACCCCAAGUCUCGCUACAACCGUGGUGUCCCCGACCCCAAGAUCCGCAUUUUCGAUCUUGGCCGUAAGCGCGCCCACGUCGAUGACUUCCCCCUUUGCAUCCACAUGAUCUCUGGUGAGUACCAGCAGCUCUCUUCCGAGGCUAUUGAGGCUGCCCGUGUUUGCGCCAACAAGUACCUCUCCAAGACCGGUGGUCGUGACUCUUUCCACAUGCGUAUUCGCAUCCACCCCUUCCACGUCAUCCGCAUCAACAAGAUGCUUUCCUGCGCCGGUGCUGAUCGUCUUCAGACCGGUAUGCGUGGUGCCUACGGUAAGCCCGCCGGUACCGUUGCCCGUGUCAACAUCGGCCAGAUCCUCCUGUCCGUCCGUUGCCGUGACAACAACCGUGCCAACGCCAUCGAGGCCCUCCGCCGCGCCAAGUACAAGUUCCCUGGCCGCAAGACCAUCGUCGUUUCUAACAAGUGGGGCUUCACCAACCUCACCCGUGACGAGUACCUCGAGAAGCGCGCCAACAACCAGGCCAUCCCUGACGGCUGCUACGUCAAGUACAUCAACAACCGCGGUACCCUCGAGAAGUACUUCGACACCGUCCAGACCCACUUCUAAGCAGUUGUGGAGCCCUGGUCGGCCGGUGUGCUCGAUUGAGGGCGUGCGCAUAGGGACCCCCCCCGUUCCGCCGCCUCUCCCCUUUGUCUCGCUGCCCUGGCAGACCGGGGGGGGGCUGGCCACCCGUGCGGGUGUGUCCAUGUGUUGUACUCCUGUGCUUGUGUCCUCUCUCUCCCUCUCUCGUUCCCCCGGCGUGCGCGUGUGUGCCUGUCCCCCGUGUUGUGCACCGAGGCGGCCGCUGUUGCUCUGCUCUCCUCCCCCCUCCCGUGUAGUUGCCGCAGUUGUUGCCGCCUGAGAGCGCGCGAAAUGAUUUCCUCUCUCUCUCCUCCCUCCCUUGUUGUGUUGUGUGUGUGUGUGCACACCUCGAGCGCGUGCUCGGCUGCCCCCGUGCUGCUCCGUGUGAACGAGGCUACACACACCCUGUGUGUGCCCCGAAUUAGACGAACCACUCGCC